AUGCUUCCCACCACAACCGCAGCCAAUGAUCGAAAGUUCGGAAAGGGCCUCACCAACAAAAAAUGGCUCCUCUGUCUUAGUAUCUGUGGCAGUCUCUCGGCCGUGAUUCUCGUCAUCAGUCUCGCUGCCUCAAGAAAUAUCCCUCCAACAAGACCAUGGUGGGAUGCCGAAACAGUCAAGACCCAUUAUACGACAUAUCGGAAAGGCACUCAAGCUGCGAGUAUCUUUUUCUUCAUCUCCGGGGCUCUCUUUCUCCCUUACGCCACUGCAAUUAGCAGUCAGCUUCGACUCAUCCCCGCCCUCAAUCCAGCCGUUGCAGAUCUCCAGCUCGCCAGUGCGACAGCCGGUGUCUGGGUCUGGAUGAUAUCAGCCAUCUUCAUGUCCCUGUUGAGCUUUCGUGACUACAGCGCUGAAUUGGUCCAAUUGCUCAAUGAUGCCAUGUGGAUGUCCCUCCUCCUGACUUGGCCAAUCUUUUGGAUCCAAUUCUGGACCAUUGCUUGGGCAAUCUUUGGCGACAAUAGUGCCGACCCGAUUUUCCCCAAAUUAAUGGGAUGGGUCAAUCUUCUUGCUCCGAUAGUGCUUGCGUUGGGAUCGGGCGCUCAUAUGCACCACACAGGCCCUUUGGCCUGGAAUGGCGGGUUGGUGUUUUGGCCCACCAUUGUUGUUUUCGGGAUGGAGAUGAACUGCUCUUGUUGGUAUAUGCUACAAAACGUUCGACGAAACCGGUACUAG